AGAAGAAGGAAUGAAUAAGAAGAGAAGCGAAGAUGCGAAGGGGAAAACUGUGGAGUUUAGUGCAUGAACUUCGUGAACGCAUAGCAGCAUCCUCUUCCACUCCCACUCCCAAUAACCUCUCAAACGACGACGCUUUUGAGGUCAGGUUCCGAACCGUCCUCCCCAAUCUUCUCCAUGCCUAUGUCCUCCCUUCUUCCUCUUCCGGCAACGAGAGAGAAGUGAUUGCGGUGGUGAAGCUCAUCUCACACACUGCGAGAAACUUCCCUGGAGUGUUCUACCACGGCAAGGCCUCCGCUAUUUUACCAAUACUUGCUCGGAUACUUCCUUUCUUAGCUGAUCCUCUCUCUCGAUCUCGUCACGGAAUUUUCUUUGAAGCUCUCGGUUCUCUCUUAUCGUUGCUUCGCUCCGGUGCACGAGAUGCUUACCGCCAGUUCUUCGUUGAUUCCAUGUUACUCGUUCAAGAUAUUUUACACGUGGCUUCGCUCAAUGUCAGUGGAUCCUCCAGGGUGAUGGUCAAGUGUUUUGGCGAGUCCUUCUCUGGAAUUGAAAAUCUCCCGUCCACUAACAAGCCCGUUGAUGGGUGUGGUUUGUUAAUUGACCUCGGUGACCGAAGCAGAUGGCAACCGUUUGCAACUUGGAUUUUGAAGCUUCUCAGUAAAUGUCUGACUGAAGGAACACUCUAUGUUGAAGGAUUGGUCCAUGCAUCCUUUAUUUCUGCUGCAUGUUCUUUUUUAUGCUAUGGGGAUGCUGACCUGCAUAUGGCAUGCUUUGACUUUGUUCACAUCAUUGGAACGGUGACAAACUAUGAUGUCAUUCCUUAUCGGAAUUUAAUUAUGUCAAUAGCUACAAUCUUGAAUUUGGACAAGGAGGGGCUUCCUGUUUUCAGGAACAUGGCUUAUGAUUCAUCGAUGGGUAUUUGCCUCAAUGCACUUUACUCUAGCUGUCCAGAAGAUACUGUCAAAUUGACGGCUGCUGAUUUAGUCAAUGUAUUCCUUCAAUCAAUGUUGAGAACCAAAAGUCAGCAACUUAAGGUUGCAUUAUGCAGUGCCUAUGCUAGGAUUGCUCAACUUUGUCCCCCUCAUGUCUGGCAGCCAGAAUAUCUCAUCUCUGCACUCUAUCAUCCGGAACCAUGUUUGGAUCUGAUAGAAUGUUUUCAGGUAGCUCUGUCUACUCUUGGCCCGGAUCUUGUUGGGGGAAUUCAAGAAAACAAUAAGACUUUAACUGUGUUAACAUACGAAGAUAAGUCAAUUGAGAGCACAAGGCUCGGCCAAAAGAGGCCCAAUUGGGAUUUGGAUAAUUUAAAGAUAAAGAGACAAAAAUUAAAUGAAGAAAUUGUUGGUGCUGAUGCUGGUCUUGAGGUGGAAUGCAAACAUAGUUGUAUAGUUACUUGCCAAAGAUUAGAAGAUUAUGCUAAUCAUAUGAAUAAAUCUCUUCUUUCAUUUUUUCAAUCAUUAAAUGCUUCUGCUCUCAGACCUGGUGCUUUGGGGCCAGAUGUUGCUUUAAAUGCACUUAGCAUGCUAUGCAUUGCCUUUUCUAUUUAUCCUGAGACCAAUCUAUCUCUCAGAAUUUUUCGGCAGAUGCUUGCAUGGCUUCCUUGGAUAGCUGAGCAGGCAAAACAAGGAAAUUCGAUUACUGUAGAUAUUUCCACCUACCUGGAAGGAAUUCAGAGUGUACUGCUUUUGCAAGAUUCCUCUUUCAAAGAACACAACCCAUUACAGGAUGAGAAUUACCUUGUAGACCUCAUUGUGGUGCUUAAACUUCCAUGGACUCAUAUGCUUCUUGCUAUUGAUAAUCAUUGUCCAUGGAAAGCAAAGUGUCUUUCUCUUCAAGUAGUAUCAAAAUUAGGCCCAAAGUGGAACAGUGAAGUUGUUCUUGAAGUUUUAGAUUUGGGUCUUCAUGAUGAAGCUGAAGAGGUCAGAACUGAAGCUGCCAUUUCUAUGCCAGUGAUAGUUUUGUGGUCUGGUUUUGAUGUGUCAUCUCCUGUCUUUGAAAGGAUGGAGUACGUAAAGAGGGAUAAUGAGAAGGUUAAGAAAAUUCUUCCCAUAUCUCUUGGCCUAUUGUCAUGCCUUUUUGGAUGCAGAAGAUUGAUAUCCAGUUCAUAUAUAAACGAAUGCAAAUUAUUUGUAAAUGCAAAAAGUGGAAGAAUAUGUUGGACACUAGAUCGUUUACUUCAAGGUUUCUGCUGUUCAAAAUGCGAUAGGAGUUUUAUGUGCAAUCAUGAUGAGCGGCAUCCUCCAAUCAUUCAUCGAUUGGAUAUGCAUGGAGCAGAUGCAGAUUUUAGUUUGGACUCUGAUUUCAUUCAAUUGCAAUCUUUAUUUUUUGAACUUAUAUUUGAUGAGUCAACAGAAGAUGUCCAAAUUUCCUGUGUGAGAGUUAUUCAUCGGAUCCUUGCACAUGUAUCCUCCGAUAUUCUGCUCAAAACAAGAUUUGAGUGGAUAAAAUGUGUAGAAUUUUUGCUGACUAGCAGUAACAAGGAACUGAGGGAAGCAUUUUGCAGCCAGAUUAGAUUCUUUGUGGAUGAUCUUAUUUUGAGUUCAAUUUUUGCUGGCGACAAUGACAAAAGCAAGGAACAAAAGUUCUUGGAUACAAUUAAACAUGCCAUGACAGUAGCUGGGAGUCCAUAUAUAAUGGAGACAUUAAUGGAAUGUACAGCAGAAAUAAUGGUUGCUGUCAAUAUAGAUAGCAAACUGUUCUUAUGUUCUCUUAUACUGUUAGUUGAUCAGCUUGAUAGCAAGCAUGUAACUGUGAGGAUGAACGCAUCCAGGUUAAUACACAAAUCUUGCUAUUUCCAUCUUAAAGGUGGUCUUGAGCUAAUUCUUUCUAAAGAUGUUCAUAUUCGCAGUGAACUGUAUGAUUAUCUCUCUGAGAGGCUUGCCAGCCGCCCAGUCUUAGUGAGGGAAUUUGCAGAAGCUGUUUUUGGUGUUGAGACCAAAGAACUUGUAAAGAAAAUGAUUCCUUUUGUUCUCCCAAAGCUUGUGGUGUCUCAGCAGUACAAUAGUCAAGCAGUUGAAACCUUAUAUGAGUUGGCCAAGUGUUUGAACACUGAUAUGGUGCCUCUGAUAGUUAACUGGCUGCCAAAAGUUCUUGCUUUUGCUCUUCAUCAAACCGAUGAUCAACAGUUAAUUUCUGCUGUGCAGUUCUACCAUGCACAGACUGGUUCUGACAAGCAGGAAAUAUUUGCAGCUGCUUUGCCAGCUCUUCUAGAUGAACUUAUAUGCUUCACAGAUGGUGGUGAUUCAGAUGAGAUAAGUAGAAGAUUGGCAAGGGUGCCUCAGGUGAUUAAAGCCAUUGCUAAAGUUCUCAAUGCUGCAGAAGAUCUCCCAGGGUUUUUGAGGAAUCAUUUUGUUGGCCUUCUUAACAGUAUAGACAGAAAAAUGCUCCAUGCUGAUGAUUUCACGCUUCAGAGACUAGCACUGAACUGUAUUGAGAUGCUGAUUAGAAUGAUGGGUUCUCAUCUUAAUACUUAUGUGCCAAAAUUAAUGGUUAUUCUCAUGCAUGCUAUUAAUAAAGAACCAAUGCAAAAGGAGGGUCUGUCUGUCUUGCAUUUUUUCAUAAAGCAAUUGGCUGAAGUAUCACCAUCUAGCAUUAAGCAUGUAAUUUCGCAAGUUUUUGCUUCCCUUCUUCCCUUCUUGGAGAGAGACAAGGAAAACCCCUCAAUACAUUUGGACAAAGUGGUAAAUAUUUUAGAAGAACUAGCUCUUAAGAAUAGGGUUAUCCUAAAGCAGCAUAUAAGUGAGUUUCCCCCCUUGCCCAGCAUACCUGCUUUGACAGAAGUGAACAAAGCAAUUGAGGAUGCUCGCGGGACAAUGACUUUGAAGGAUCAAUUGCGGGAUGUAGUUGAUGGUUUAAAUCAUGAGAACUUAAAUGUGAGGUACAUGGUAGUGUGUGAGCUGUGCAAGCUUCUGAACUCAAGAUGGAAGGAUGUUACUGUUCUAAUCACUGCUGAAGCUGGUUCAGACUUGGAUGUCUUGAGUUUUUUGAUUACAUCAUUAUUAAGAGGAUGUGCAGAAGAAUCAAGGACCACAGUUGGGCAGAGGUUGAAGUUAGUCUGUGCUGAUUGUCUUGGAGCCCUUGGUGCUGUUGACCCUGCUAAAGUGAAAGGGUUUUCAUGUCAACGUUUCAAAAUUCAAUGCUCUGAUGAUGACCUCAUAUUUGAGCUGAUCCACAAACAUCUAGCUCGGGCAUUUAGAUCUGCACCAGAUACUAUUAUUCAAGACUCUGCUGCAUUGGCUAUACAGGAGUUGCUAAAGUUUGCUGGUUGUGAGGCAUCACUGGAUGAGAAUGCUUCAACUACUACAUCACAGGUGCAAAAGGAUGAAAAAAAUCGAAAUAGUGUUGCAUCUGUGAUCAAGAGUACUGAUGAUAGUAACAGGAUGAAUAAUAGGGGCCAGAAAUUAUGGGAUCGGUUCUCUAAUUAUGUGAAAGAGAUAAUAGCCCCGUGCUUAACAUCUAGAUUUCAGCUUCCCAAAGUAACUGAUUCAACAUCUGCUGGCCCUAUUUACCGCACUUGUAUGUCAUUUAGAAGAUGGAUAUUCUUUUGGAUAAGAAAACUGACUGUGCAUGCUACUGGAUCUCGUGCAAGCAUCUUUAAUGCUUGUCGAGGUAUUGUACGCCAUGAUAUGCAAACAGCAAUAUAUUUGCUUCCCUACUUAGUUCUUAAUGCUGUCUGUCAUGGUACUCAGGAGGCACGUCAAGGCAUAACAGAAGAAAUCCUAUCUGUUCUUGAUGCAGCUGCAGCAGAGAACAGUGGUGCUUCAGUUCAUGGAUUCAGUGGCGGUCAAAGUGAAGUCUGUAUUCAAGCCGUGUUUACUCUUCUUGAUAAUCUAGGACAAUGGGUGGAUGAUGUGGAACAAGAUCUUGCUCUUUCCAUUUCUCAAACAUUGGCUUCUAAGCAACAAAAGUCAAAGGGUCAAAGUUCAAAUUUCUUGACAGAUCAGAACCAACUUCUUGUACAGUGUAAAUAUGUUUCAGAGCUUCUAUCUGCGAUCCCAAAGGAGGCUCUUGCUAGGGCCUCCUUUAGGUGUCAGGCGUAUGCAAGGUCCUUGAUGUACUUUGAGUCCUAUGUGAGGGAAAAGUCUGGUGCUUUCAACCCUGCUGCUGAGAGGAGUGGCAUCUUUGACAACCAAGAUGUUUCACAUCUUAUGGAAAUAUACAGCUGUUUGGACGAGCCUGAUGGACUAUCUGGCUUGUCAUGUUUAAGUAAGUCUUUAAUGUUACAAGAUCAGCUAUUAAUGAACAAAAAGGCUGGGAAUUGGGCCGAUGUCUUAACUUCCUGUGAACAAGCUUUGCAGAUGGAGCCAACCUCAGUUCAAAGGCAUUCUGAUGUCCUUAACUGUUUGUUAAACAUGUGCCAUCUUCAGGCCAUGGUCACUCAUGUUGAUGGUUUAGUUUCUAGGAUUCCUCAGUACAAGAAAGCAUGGUGCAUGCAAGGUGUGCAGGCAGCCUGGAGACUCAGCAGGUGGGAUUUGAUGGAAGAGUACCUUAGUGGAGCUGAAGAAGAUGGAUUAGUUUGUAGUACCUCUGAAAGUAAUGCUUCAUUUGACCUGAAUGUUGCAAAGAUUCUCCAGGCCAUGAUGAAGAGGGACCACUUCUCCGUUGCAGAGAAAAUUGCUUUAUCCAAACGGGCCCUAAUUGCUCCCCUAGCUGCUGCAGGAAUGGAUUCUUACAUGCGGGCCUACCCAUUUGUUGUAAAACUUCACUUUUUACGGGAAUUGGAGGACUUUCAUUCUCUUCUGGGUGAUGACUCUUUCUUAGAGAAAUCAUUUUGCUUAGAUGACCUAGCUUUCUCUAAAUUAGUGGACAACUGGGAGAGUCGACUAAGGCUUACACAGUCAUCACUCUGGGCUAGGGAGCCACUCUUGGCUUUGAGAAGACUGGUUUUUGGUGCAAGUGGUCUUGGUGCUCAAGUUGGCAAUUGCUGGCUUCAAUACUCAAAACUAUGUCGCUUGGCUGGUCAUUAUGAAACUGCCAAUAGAGCAAUUUUAGAAGCUCAGGCCUCUGGUGCACCUAAUGUCCACAUGGAAAAAGCAAAACUCCUUUGGAGCACUCGGCGGUCUGAUGGUGCCAUUGCAGUGUUGCAACAGUCUCUCUUGAACAUGCCUGUUGAGGUUUUAGGCUCUGCCACAAUGUCAUCUAUUUCUAGCCUUUCCCUGGUACCACUUAACCCACAGCCCAUUUUUUGUGAAAGUCAGGCUCUAAAUGAGAACAGAUAUAUUGCUAAAACCCUUCUUCUAUACUCAAGGUGGACUCAUUACACUGGGCAGAAACAGAAGGAAGACAUAAUGUGUCUUUAUACCAGGGUGAAGGAACUGCAACCUAAAUGGGAGAAAGGAUACUUCUAUAUGGCUAAGUACUGUGAUGAAGUGCUUGGUGAUGCCAGGAAACGCCAGGAGGAGAAUUUUGAACUUGGUCCUAGACUGGUUCCUUCAGCAAGUGCUGUUGUUGGCUCUUCAAACUUGAAUGGUGAGAGGCGUUGGUGGUCCAAUGUUCCAGAUGUGCUGUUAUUCUAUGCAAAAGGACUUCACAGGGGACACAAGAAUUUAUUUCAGGCACUUCCUAGGUUAUUAACCUUGUGGUUUGACUUUGGGAGCAUGUAUGAAAGAAGUGGUUCAUCAAACAAGGAAUUAAAGAAUGUACAUGGGAAGGUAAUGAGUAUUAUGAGAGGCUGUUUGAAGGAUUUGCCAACAUAUCAUUGGUUGACAGUGCUACCCCAACUGGUUUCAAGAAUUUGCCAUCAAAAUGAAGAGAUUGUUCGACUGGUCAAAAUUAUCAUUACCUCUGUUCUCAGGCAGUAUCCACAACAGGGCCUAUGGAUUAUGGCUGCAGUUUCAAAAUCCACUGUUCCUUCAAGGCGUGAAGCAGCGGCUGAAAUCAUACAAGCUGCACGUAAAGGUUUCAGCCCAGGAAGUAAUGAGAACAGUUUGUUUGUUCAAUUUGCUAGCCUGAUUGAUCAUCUGAUCAAGUUAUGCUUCCACUCUGGUCAGUCAAGAGCAAGGACAAUAAAUCUUUCAACUGAAUUUAGUGCUCUGAAGAGGAUGAUGCCCUUGGGGAUUAUAAUGCCAAUUCAACAAUCUCUUACUGUUAAUCUUCCAACAUAUGAUGGGAAUCUGGGCGAUUCAUGUAUGUCCAAUAUCUUUUCUGCCACAGAUAUUCCAACUAUAUCAGGCAUUGCUGAUGAGGCUGAAAUUCUUUCAUCUCUUCAGCGUCCUAAGAAAAUCAUUCUAUUAGGCAGUGAUGGUCAUGAGCGCCCGUUUCUUUGCAAACCUAAGGAUGACCUCCGCAAAGAUGCUCGCAUGAUGGAAUUCACUGCAAUGAUCAAUCGAUUGCUAUCCAAGUAUCCUGAAAGUCGUCGUAGGAAGCUCUACAUUCGAACAUUUGCUGUGAUUCCUCUGACAGAAGACUGUGGAAUGGUUGAGUGGGUGCCCCACACUCGUGGACUUCGACAAAUUCUUCAAGACAUAUAUAUUACAUGUGGAAAAUUUGAUAGGCAGAAAACUAAUCCUCAAAUUAAGCAAAUUUAUGAUCAAUGCCAAGGUAAAUUGCCAGAGGAUGAGAUGCUAAAGAACAAAAUCCUUCCAAUGUUUCCUCCUGUUUUCCACAAAUGGUUCCUGACAACAUUUUCAGAGCCUGCUGCAUGGUUCAGGGCCCGUGUUGCUUAUGCUCACACGACAGCAGUUUGGUCCAUGGUUGGGCAUAUUGUGGGGCUGGGUGAUCGGCAUGGUGAAAACAUUCUUUUUGAUUCUACCAGUGGAGAUUGUGUUCAUGUUGAUUUCAGUUGCUUAUUUGACAAAGGCUUGCAGUUGGAGAAGCCUGAGCUUGUUCCUUUUAGGCUAACCCAGAACAUGAUUGAUGGCUUAGGCAUCACUGGAUAUGAGGGUAUCUUCUUGAGGGUUUGUGAAAUUACACUUUCCGUGCUGAGGACACACAGGGAGACUCUCAUGAGUGUGCUUGAAACUUUCAUCCACGAUCCUCUUGUGGAAUGGACAAAAUCUCACAAGUCCAGUGGUGUAGAAGUUCAGAAUCCACAUGCACAGAGAGCCAUCAGUAAUAUUGAGGCAAGGUUAGAAGGAGUGGUUGUUGGUGUUGCAGCUGCACCGUCAUUGCCUCUCGCUGUAGAAGGUCAAGCUCGCAGACUAAUUGCUGAGGCAGUCUCUCACAAAAAUCUUGGAAAGAUGUAUAUAUGGUGGAUGCCUUGGUUUUGAAGAUUUGGAUGGGUCGAGAAGAUCUUCCCAUUGUAUUUCAGAAUGGAAUGAUAUCGUUAGUUUAAUUUUCUCGCUCAGUUUAACUUGAAUGUUGUUUCUGUGGUUUACAGAGCACCAAUCUAGAUCUUCAUUCAGCAAGUGCAGUGGUCAAAGGGAACGUGGACUUUUGGGUCAUCACAGUUGAAGAUAUAAAGUUGCGUUUAGUUGCUACAAAAUGUACAGGAUUUGAUUAGGGAAAAAACUUUCGGAAGCAGAGAUUUGACCUCAUCUACCCGUUCUCUGCUUCCCGGGGAUGCAUCCCACAGAAGCUUGCGAGUUGAAAGUACAGGUGUUUUGUUGUUUGUAUAUUCUUUACUAUAUGUGGAUGAAUUCCUUUGUGUAUGAGAAAUAGUCUCAUUUUUUGGUCCACGGGAAAGGUGUGAUUUUGCACGUCACAUAAUUUGAACUCUGCUCCUUACAUGUCAUAUCUCUCUAGUUUAUCACUAAGUUGUUGAGGGAAGGACAUGAGAAAUAGUCUUGAAGGCUGUGAGAUGCAUGAGGUGCAAAAA